AUGGACAAAAUAAUUUUCUGGCCCUACCUUUGUUUUGAGAUUAUGAAUGGAAUGUGCUCUUUGCUUUUCACUGUCCUUGAAGCUGCACCUGAAGGGCAACCCUGUAUCAGUGUUUUCAGCACCGCAAGCAAAGAGGAAGAGUUAGUCAAGGUUGAAACCGAGCCCAUGCUCCCACCAGACUGUGCAAAGAAAUGGAGGCUGCACGUGUAUAAUGUACCCAAGAUCACUCAGCUGACAGGCAUUAGAAAGACCCUGCUUUUCAUCUGUCUGCUGCCCAAGUUGCAUUCUUUCCUCUGUGACAUGUUUCCUCUCCUAAGGAGGUAG